AUGGGUAACAACGACGGAGGAUUAAACUCCGUGACUGCAUAUAUUAGCAUGAAUAUACAGCGUACUCGGCACAUCAUAGACAUCGAAUACUAUAUAAGAGCAUCAAAGUCUAGGUCACGGCCUUCGUCGGAAGCGCGAUUUUCAAAAAUCAUUGCCAGUGUUGCAACGCUACAGAACGACACCACUUCUGCCCUUUCGAGCUUCAAUCUAGAUUUCGCAAUUAUCAAAUUGGAGGCCUCGAAAGAGUAUAAGGGUGUCGGAGAAAGCAUCUCCAGUACACGUAAGCACGAUGUUGAGGCUGGCAGACUUCACGAGACAGCGCAAAAAUUAGGGGCGCUGUUUGAUCGCGAGGGCUCCUCUGGCUCCAGGAUGCUCCAUGAUGUUUGA